GCUCCGGCUGGGUCCGACCGUUGCCCGCGGUGGUCGAGGGGAAGGGAUAGAUCAGGCCGCGCGCCAGAAGCGAGCGCGACUCUCCUUCUGCGGGUCCAUUCCCAGCCUGCAAGGCUCGCUGUCUGUCCGCCGCCCUUUUCCCUGCAUUGAAAAGCCCCGUCCUUCUUCCCAGUCCCGCCUCCUUCGAGCGCCCCCCCCACGCCACCGCCUGGAAUGGUGCGGUCGCGGGUCACGCGGCGGGGUGGGUGUGGCCUGCGCCCGGCCCUGGCGACUCUUCUUGUUCCCUCUGCGGGUAGCCGGAGAGUGGCGUUGGCUGCUGGAGCGAUGCUGGGCCGGAGUCUCGUCGCCUUCGUCCUUCUGGCGGCCGCAGUCAGCUGUGCCGUGGCGCAGCACGCGCCGCCGUGGACAGAAGACUGCAGAAAAUCUACCUAUCCUCCUUCAGGACCAACGUACAGAGGUCCAGUUCCAUGGUACACCAUAAAUCUUGAUUUACCACCCUACAAAAGAUGGCAUGAAUUGAUGGUUGACAAGGCACCAAUGCUAAAAGUUGUAAUAGGUUCUGUGAAAAAUAUGGUAAAUACAUUCGUGCCAAGUGGAAAACUUAUGCAGAUGGUGGAUGAAAAAUUGCCUAGCCUACUUGGCAACUUUCCUGGCCCUUUUGAAGAGGAAAUGAAGGGUAUUGCCGCUGUUACUAAUAUACCUUUAGGGGAGAUCAUUUCAUUCAAUAUUUUUUAUGAAGUUUUUACCAUGUGUACUUCAAUAGUAGCAGAAAACAAAGAAGGUCAUCUAGUACAUGGGAGAAAUAUGGAUUUUGGAGUAUUUCUUGGGUGGAACAUAGAAAAUAAUACCUGGGUCAUAACCGAGGAAUUAAAACCUUUAACAGUGAAUUUGGACUUCCAAAGAAACAACAAAACUGUCUUCAAGGCUUCAAGUUUUGCUGGCUAUGUGGGCAUGUUAACAGGAUUCAGACCAGGACUGUUUAGUCUUACACUAAAUGAACGUUUCAGUAUAAAUGGCGGUUAUCUGGGUGUUCUAGAAUGGAUUUUGGGAAAGAAAGAUGCCAUGUGGAUAGGGUUUAUCACUAGAACAGUUCUGGAAAAUAGCACAAGUUAUGAAGAAGCCAAGAAUACACUGAUCAAGACCAAGAUACUGGCCCCAGCGUACUUUAUCCUGGGAGGCAACCAGUCUGGGGAGGGCUGUGUGAUUACACGAGACAGAAAGGAAUCGUUGGAUGUAUAUGAACUCGAUCCUAAGCAGGGUAGAUGGUAUGUGGUACAAACAAAUUACGACCGUUGGAAAAAUCCCUUCUUCCUUGAUGAUCGCAGAACGCCUGCAAAGAUGUGCCUGAACCGCACCACCCAAGAGAGUAUAUCGCUGGAAAGCAUGUAUGAUGUCCUGUCAACAAAACCUGUGCUCAACAAGCUAACCGUAUUUACAACGUUGAUAGAUAUUACCAAAGGUCAGUAUGAAACGUACCUGCGGGACUGCCCUGACCCUUGCAUCGGUUGGUGAGCACACGUCUGGCCUACGGAAUGCACCCUCUGAGACAUGAAGACACCAUCUCCAUGUGGCCGAAUACUGCAGCCUUCUGACCUUCCACAGACUAAGACUUGGGGCAGGUUGUCUUUGAGUCAGGAGCCCAUCUUCCCCUAAAUGUUUACAAUUCACAGACUAUUCUUUUUGCCCUAUCAGUUGAUUUUUCUUAUUUGCAGAUAAUUCUUUAGGUGAAGUAAAACAAUCAUCUAGAAUUUAUUGAGUUUUGUUUCACUUUGACAUUUGGGGAUCAGGUGGGCAGUGGAACCAUGGUGAGCUCCACCUCCCUGGAAUAAAUGGAGAGUCAGCAUGUUUAAUCCAGCACAUCUGUGUGAGUAACGUAACAGUCAACAGUCAACAUUCUUCAGUUUUUCACUUUUAUCUACAUAUUUGUAUGUUUUCCUAUAUAGCAGCCUUUUCCUUCUGGUUCUAACUGUUAUUA